GCGCACUGUUUCCAUGCGUGGAGCCGCACAACAUCGGGAGAUUUCACAGGCGGACACUUUCAACCCGUCCUGCUGUCUACUGAAAGUUUAUUCUCGUGGAUGUGAACGCGAACGGUGAAAAGAGCGAAACUCUUUUGAAAAUAGCGUGUUGUAAAGGGCUUUAAAGUUUGAAAUACUGUGCCGGUGCACGAGAUCUUGGUUUUGACAUCCGUUAUUGAUUGUUUGGAUUAAUUGCGCAGACUGACCGUCUUUUUAAAACAAUUCCUAGACGUUUUGGAUAUAUUUAAAACUGAAACUCAAUGGAUUUGUUGACAGUGACAUGAAAAUGACGUUUUCCUUAAUGAAAUCUUUUUUUCUUCAAAACAGCUGAGCAUUCAGUGUCAGUUACUGUAUUAUGAAGCAUGAAUUGAAUUUCUGUUACAAACAAAACAAGACAAAUAUCAUCUGCAUGGCACUGGGUGUACUAAUCAUUAUAAGACUUUCUUGAGGUUAUCACAAUGGCCCACUGCAUAAAGAUCCUGAUUGUACUUUUCCAGCUUAUGAUUGCUGGAUCUUCUCUGGAGAUUGGAGCGUAUGAUUUGGAGCGCGGCCGUCCGUCAAAAUGUGAACCCAUCACCAUUCCCAUGUGCCAGGGAAUCGGCUACAACAUGACACGGAUGCCCAACUUCCUGAAUUAUGAAAGCCAAGAGGAAGCUAGCAUUAAACUGAAUGAAUUUGCUCCUCUGGUGAAGUACGGAUGUGAUGUCCACCUGCGAUUUUUCCUGUGCUCUCUGUAUGUGCCAAUGUGCGCCGAUCAAGUGUCCACCACUAUCCCAGCAUGCCGUCCUAUGUGUGAACAGGCCAGACAGAGGUGUUCACCCAUAAUGGAACAAUUCAGUUUCAGAUGGCCCGACUCAUUGGAUUGCUCAAAGCUGCCAACCAACAACGACCCGAACGCAUUGUGCAUCGAAGCUCCCGAAAAUGACACUCAACCUGAGACUAAGAAAGGUGAGGGAAUGCUGCCAGUUCUUCCGAGGUCCAGGGAACCCACAGCAGGGAGUGGACGUACUUCAAGCGGCUUGCGGUCCUGUGAUAACCCGGAGAAGUUCCAGUACGUGGACAAGAGCGAGUCAUGCGCCCCCCGUUGUACUCCUACAGUGGAUGUCUACUGGUCUAGGCAAGAUAAGGACUUUGCAUUCAUUUGGAUGGUGGUGUGGUCAACGCUUUGCUUUGUUUCUACAGCAUUCACAGUUCUUACCUUCCUCCUCGACCCGCAGCGCUUCCAGUACCCUGAACGUCCCAUCAUCUUCCUCUCCAUGUGUUACAAUGUCUACUCUGUGGCCUUCAUCAUCCGCUCGGUGGCUGGGGCUGAGAAUAUCGCUUGCGAUCGGGAAAACGGAGAGCUCUACAUUAUCCGAGAGGGUUUGGAGAGCACAGGUUGCACCAUAGUCUUCCUCAUCCUCUAUUACUUUGGCAUGGCCAGCUCCAUUUGGUGGGUCAUCCUCACCCUCACUUGGUUUCUUGCAGCGGGACGAAAAUGGGGCCACGAGGCUAUUGAGGCACACAGUAGCUACUUCCAUAUGGCCGCCUGGGGUAUUCCUGCGGUAAAGACCAUAGUCAUCCUCACUAUGAGGAAGGUGGCUGGGGAUGAGUUGACGGGAUUGUGUUAUGUGGGCAGCAUGGACAGUAAUGCUCUCACUGGAUUUGUCUUGAUCCCUCUAUCCUGUUAUCUCAUUGUUGGGACUUCUUUCAUCCUCACGGGGUUCGUAGCGCUCUUUCACAUCCGCAAAAUCAUGAAAACCGGUGGCACCAACACAGAAAAACUGGAGAAGCUCAUGGUUAAGAUUGGAGUCUUUUCCAUUCUCUACACGGUGCCUGCUACUAUUGUCAUCAUAUGCUAUUUCUAUGAAAGGCUCAAUAUGGAAUACUGGAAGUUCAAAGCUCUGGAAAACAAGUGCGUGUCCUUUCCUGGUCGUAGGAGUGCGGACUGCACCUUGGACCUGUCAGUUCCCACAGUGGCUGUGUUCAUGCUGAAAAUUUUCAUGUCAUUAGUGGUGGGCAUCACUAGUGGGGUUUGGGUAUGGAGUUCAAAGACACUUCAGACCUGGCAGGGGUUGUGCAACAGGAGAUUGGCCGUGCAAAUGAACCGCAAGCCCUGCUCCGGUGUCAGCUGCAGCAGCUCCCACUGUCAUUACAAAGCACCGGCUGUGACACUUCACAUGAAUAAAACAGACAUGUACACAGACAGUCCCACACAUGUUUGAGACUAAAGGCCUCUUCUCUGGAGCCAUGCACAGACUUUUGAGGCUCAUAUCAGGAUGAAGUGCUCAGUUUCGAGUAAAGUCACAACAGUUUUAAGGGGUGGCAUUUAUAAGCUAUUCCUUGACACAGAGGUCACUUCAUUAAAAGUGAAGGUUUGUGUAAAUGCAGCAAAUUGCAGAAUGCUUUAUUUAUUGUGGAAAUUUAAGUUGUAUAGUUUUAUACUGUAUGUGCUAUACUGUAUAUAAAGAAGAGUUUUAAAUAAUUUUACAGUAUGUUAUUUUUUUCUCAA